AUGAAGGAGCACGUGAUGAAAAUCCUGAUUGUCGGUGACACAGCAGUAGGGAAGACGUCUUUUAUACAUCGAUACGUCAGCGGGAAGUUCAAGGAGACAUACAAGAUGUCGUUGGGAGUGGAUUUUUCUGUGAAAGUGCUGCGGUGGUCAGAGAAAGAGACAGUCAGACUGCAUAUCUGGGACAUUGCAGGCCAGGAUCGCUUCACUUCCAUGACCAGGGUCUACUACAAAGGGGCUCUGGGCUGCGUUGUGAUGUUUGACAUCAGCGACUCGUCCAGCUUCCUGAAGUGUCACCAGUGGAAACUGGACCUGGACAACAAGGCCACGCUGCCCAGCGGAGCUCCCAUCCCCUGCAUCCUGCUGGCCAACAAGUGUGACCUUCCUGAGCGGGUGGUGACAGCAGACAGCAUUGCCGAGUUCAGCAAGAACAACGGCUUCUUCACCUGGAUGGAGACCUCAGUCAGAGACAACAGGAACGUUGAUGAAGCCAUGAGGAGGUUGGUGCAGGAGAUCCUGUCAGUUCAGUCCAGUGAGGACCAGACACUGUCCAGGAAGGACGACAGCGUCGACCUUCAUUCUCAUCACGUCACAAGCCGAAAAAACUGCUGCUGA